CAGUAAUAUACACCAUUGAGUUCCAGAGGAGGGGGUUGCCUCACGCACACAUAUUAAUUUUCUUGCACCCACAAUAUAGAUAUCCACAUCCAGAUGAUAUUGAUAAGAUUAUAUCAGCUGAGCUACCAGAUGAAGAGAGUGACCCUGAAUUGCUAAAGAUAGUAUCAUCUUUGAUGGUACAUGGUCCGUGUGGGGUAGAAAAUAAGAAAUCACCGUGCAUGCAGAACGGUAAAUGCAUAAGACACUUUCCGAAAAAGUAUGCUGAGCGGACGAGCAUCGAUGAAGAUGGUUAUCCAUUGUACAUGAGGAGGGAAAAUGGCCGUGUCAAACAAAAGGGAGAUCAUGUCAUUGACAAUCGCUUGGUCGUCCCUUACAACCGUCAUCUUCUUAUGAGAUAUAAUGCUCAUAUAAAUGUAGAAUGGUGUAACCAGUCCCGCUCCAUCAAGUAUCUAUUCAAAUAUGUGAAUAAGGGCCAUGAUCGCGUCACCGCAGGAUUUUAUGAUGUUUCACCCCAUCAAGCUGAUUCAAAACGUGUGGAUGAAAUAAAGUUGUAUUAUGAUUGUCGAUAUUUGUCAUCAUGUGAGGCUGCAUGGAGACUUUUUGCCUUUGACAUAAAUUAUAGAGAACCUUCUGUUGAGAGACUAACAUUCCACUUGCCGGAUGAACAACAUGUAAUAUUUGACGAAGGUGAUUCUCUUCAAGAGGUUUUGGAAGCACAAGCGCAUAAGAAGACAAAAUUCCUUGCAUGGAUGGAUGCAAAUGCAAAAUACCCUGACGCAAGAGGUCUAACCUAUGCUCAGUUCCCUUCAAAGUUUGUGUGGAAGCAGCCUGGACAUGAAUGGGUUCAUAGGAAAAGGGGGAGAUUGCAUUUCGUGCCUCCAGCAACAGGUGAAUUAUACUACUUGCGUACAUUGCUGAACCAUGUCACGGGACCAAGAUCAUUUGUUGAAAUACAAACAAUUGACAAUGUUGUGUAUCCCACAUUCAAAGAUGCAUGUAAUGCAUUGGGAUUGUUAGGUGAUGAUAAAGAAUAUAUCGAUGCAAUCAUAGAGUCGAGCUUUUGGGGAACUGGGGAGUAUAUGAGGUUCUUCUUUGCUAUAUUGAUGGUGUCUAACCAAAUGUGUACGCCGCACGUGGUUUGGGAAAAAACUUGGAAGUAUCUGAGCGAUGAUAUUCAGCACAGACAGAGAUUACUUCUACAGUUCAUGAGCUGAUUCUAUUGGAUGAUGAAUUGAAGAGUUUUACUUUGGUCGAGAUAGAGAAGUUAUUGCACAAAAAUGGAAAAACUUUGAUGGAGUUCCCAUCCAUGCAUGAUGAGUUGAACUAUGAUAGACCAUCUCUGGCUGCAGAACACUUGCAUCUAUUGUCAACCAUGACUUCUGAACAGAAGAAUAUAUAUGAGACCAUCAUGCAAUGUGUUAAUGAAGAUCGUGCCGGUGUGUUUUUCCUGUAUGGAUAUGGCGGAACAGGUAAAACAUACAUAUGGAGGGCGAUAUCCGCAUGCAUAAGAUCCAAAGAAGAAAUUGUACUGACAGUGGCAUCCAGCGUAAUAGCAUCAUUACUUAUUCCUGGUGGGCGAACAGCUCAUUCCAGGUUUGCGAUUCCUAUUAACGUCAAUGAAGACUCCACUUGCAAUAUAAAACAGGGAAGUCAUCUAGCUGAGCUAAUAAUCAAAGCAAAGCUUAUCAUAUGGGAUGAAGCUCCAAUGACACACAGACAUUGUUUUGAAGCUGUAGAUAGGACACUAAAAGAUUGGCUUAGAUUUCACAAUCCCGACAGCUUGAAACCUCCGUUUGGAGGGAAAGUUUUCGUUUUUGGUGGUGAUUUCAGGCAAAUACUCCCAGUCAUACCAAAGGCAUCCAGGCAAGAGGUUGUUCGUGCUACUAUUAAUGCCUCAUACAUUUGGAGACACUGUCAAGUUCUCACUUUAACAAAAAAACAUGAGGUUGCAGUGUGGUUCUUCACAUUGUAAUGUUGAGGAAUUGAAAAAAUUCUCGGAUUUGGUGCUCAAAAUAGGAGAUGGAAAUAUUGGGAAUGUCAAAGAUGGAGAGGUCGUCAUUGAUAUACCUGAUGAUAUGCUUAUUAUCACGUCAAGUGAUCCUAUUUCCUCAAUUGUUGCUAGCACUUAUCCGUCAUUUCUGGACAAUAUGUCUGAUCCAUCAUAUUUUCAGCAAAGAGCUAUUUUGACACCCACAAAUGAUGUUGUAGAGCUAUAAAUAAUUAUAUGAUUUCAUUGAUGCCUGGAGAAAUGAGAACAUAUCUGAGUUUUGACAGCCCGUGCUCGCUUGAGGGCAACAUUGGCGCUGAAUCUGAUGAAGUGCAUACUGAAGAGUUUCUAAAUACCAUCAAUGCAUCAGGGAUACCGAACCAUAAAUUGGGACUAAAGUUUGGUGUUCCUAUUAUGUUAAUGAGAAACCUUGAUCAGUUCUCUGGCUUAUGCAACGGAACUCGCCUGAUUAUUACUAGGUGAAGUAUGAUAGAAGCAAGUGAGGUUUCAAACGAUGAAGUUGGUAGCAUAAGAACUGGUUUCAUUCUGUGCAAGUCUGCAAAAGAAGAUAUGUGAAGGCUCUAGGAAGUGUGGUGUAAAAGUUAGACUUGUUAGCGUUUUGUUCUUGUAUAUUAGUUGUUGUUUCGGGGUGUGCCCCCAUGAAUUAUGUAGUAUGUACAUUCACAUUUAUGUGAGAAAUUGAGAUAUAAACAAAAAUCUUUGAAUUUUGGUUAUUUAUUAGUAUUAAUUAUAUUA